AAUUGCUUCUGUCAUUUGGGUUUGGUGAAUUUUGGUUUCUCUACUCUGGGGAAAAUGUUCGAGCUCGGUAUUGAACCUGAUGUUAUAACAUUCAACACACUGAUCAAUGGGUCAUGUGUGGAAAGGAAAGUGUUUGAGUCAAGGAGGGUAUUUGAUGACAUGGUUCGGGAUGGAUUUCAUCUUGAUUUAAUUACGUAUAGUACCUUAGAAAAUGGUUUGUGUAAAAUAGGAAAGUCUGGUGAAGCUGUUAGGUUGAUGCAGAGGAUGGAAGAAGGUGGUUUCCUGCCAAACAUUGUCAUAUCGGUACAGUCAUUGACAGACUUUGCUAUGUGUGGUUCAAGAAAGUGGAAAGUGGCUAAAAGUUUAUUGGAUGAAAUAGUUGGUCGGACGAUCAAACCUGAUGUUGUCGCCUAUAAUAUAAUAACAGAUACACUUUCUAAGGAAGGGAUGGUGUCAAAGGCUCAAGAUGUAGUUGAAGCAAUGAUUAGGGAAGGCAUUUAGCCUAAUAUUGUCACUUACAGUGCAUUGGUGGAUGGAUAUUGUUUGCUUGGAGAAAUGGAUGAGGCAAUAAAGGUAUUUGCUUCAAUAAUGAUCAGGGGGUUACCCAAUUACUUUAAUUAGCUACAGUAUCAUGAUCAAUGGAUAUUGUAAGGUCAAAAUGAUAGAGGAAGCAAUUGAGCUCUUUAAUGAGAUGUCUCAUAAAGGAUUAAAGCCUGA